CCUUACUUUUGGGCGAUGCAGCUCACGCUAUGGUACCUUUCUACGGACAAAGAAUGAACUGCGGUUUCGAGGACUGCCUGGUUCUUAACGAGUUCCUGAAUCAGCUGGGGGACCAUAAUUUGGAAAAAGUCUUACCAGCUUAUACGGAGCAUCGUCACGUUGACGCACACGCCAUCUGCGACUUAGCUCUGUAUAACUUUAUAGAGAUGCGAGAUUUGGUGAACCGAUUCUCGUUUCUGGCAAGAAAACGCUUUGAUAACAUCAUGCAUUGGCUUUUCCCCAACUGGUUGGUUCCGCUAUACACCUCGGUGACUUUCUCCAGGAUGCGCUACCACUUGUGCAUCGAAAAUAAAAAAUGGCAGGAUCGCGGGAUUCGCAAGCUGCUUUGGAGUACAGGAACUGCCGUCGUUGCCACAGCCGUCGUUGUCGGGUUCAAUUUUCGAUCUUAUUUGCAGAAGUUCAUCUGAAUCACCUUUUGCAUUGUCCAACUCAAAUAGUCUUUAGUAGCUCUCGUUCGACAGGUAUAUUUUUGUCACGCAUUUUUAUUACUGGGUGAAAGAUUUUUGCGGUAUGACAAAAUCUCUGUAUUGUGAAAAUAAAUGAAUUGAAAGUCAA